AUGGCAUGUGUAGCAUGUCGGGAGAGUAAAGUCAAGUGUGAUGGUGAUGGCAAUGAGAAGUGCUCUAGCUGCGUGAACAAACAGCGCGAAUGCCGAUACCAGGCCGUGGACAAGAGAAAGGUCAAUCAGCUGUAUCUAUUCAUUUAUCAAAAUGGAUUAGAGCCCCCAUGCAUGCCGCAAGAAAAGGAUGCGGCUCUAGCAAAAGUCCUUGAUAUACUCGGGCUGACUGAAUUUCACUCGGCUUCAUCUCAGCUUGAUGCCAGUCUCUCGAGAGCCACAGUGGCUGAGCAUCUACCGUCUGAUGCACCAACUUUGUUGAACUUGUCUACUGAUCCGGGUAUUACGAAAAAUGCCGAGAAACUAAGAGAUCACGGCUCUCCAGGAGAUACUUCCUGCGCUUCUCAGCCUGAUAUCAUGCAUAUCCCAGAUCCUCAGACCGUGCCCACAUUGCCUAUAGCUUCCAAUGAGACUGCAGGUAUUCCAAUCACAGAUCCAUAUCCCCUGGAUAACGCCUCUGAUGUCUCCCUAACCAACUUGAACUGGAGUUUAAAUAUCGGAACAUGCAUGACUCCACCAUCUCCGGACAUCCAGAGUCUACUUGGUUGCACCUCGUCGAUAGAGACACUGGAGCGGGAAUUGGAGGGAUUGCCGGACCUUUUCGAACCUCCUGCCACCAAUAAUCCAGCCAGUCCCGACAAAGCGGCAAGAAGUCCCGAAAGGAUAGAAGACCUUAUCGACGAACUUUCUGAUCGGGUGGGAACACUACGCUUCGGUCCUGAAGGACAACCUCAUUUCUAUGGUCCGACUUCGACAUUCAACCUCCCCGAUGCUCCUGUGACUACUAAACCCCAGACACAUCGCACCUUGGAUUAUCGUGACAGUGAUGUUGACCCCAAUGGAGAAGCCCCGCUAGCUUUAGAAGAGCACCUGCUCAAUCUAUAUUUUACCUGGCAAGACCCAUCGUUCCAUGUGGUUGAUCGAAGCAUGUUCGAGAAGGCAAGGAGGGCUUGGCACGGAAAGGAAGAAACGCCGUUCUAUUCCGAGGCACUCUUCUACGCAAUGUGCUCUGUCGGUGCAGCCUUUGAAACGCGAUAUCACCCAUCAUUUGUCACAUUUCCAAAGUCUUUAGUGGAACACUUUGGAGACCGCGCAAAGGCACUUCUUGAGAUUGAAUUGGACUCUCCCUCUGUAGCAACAGUUCAAGUACUAGUCAUUCUGAGUAGCCAUGAGGUUGGAAACGGCCAAGAUACUCGAGGGUGGCUUUACAGUGGAAUGGCUCUACGGCUUGCCUUUAAUCUCGCUCUUCAUAUCGACCUUUCUUCAUAUGUUGCCCGUGGAUCUAUCACUGCUGCUGAUGCGGAGCUACGCCGGACUGUUUUCUGGGCUGCAUAUAUGGUUGACCAACUUGUCGGAUUCUAUCUAGGCAGACCUUUCUACACCAACAUGGAGGAUGUGACAGUAAAGAAACCAAACGCUGACGCUCGCCACCAAGAACCUCCCAAAUGGACACCAUACGCAUGUCCUAUCUCAUUUGGCAGCAACUACGAGUCACUAGACUUCACCGAAGCCGUGAGUGAACAAGAAGUUUCUCUUUGUGAGAUUAUGGCGCCUUGCGGCUAUUUCCUCUACGGAAGCUCAAGCAUCUCAAAACUCCUCCUCCAACAACUGAACGUCAAGAUCGUCGCCCGUCUCCUCGACUGGAAAGCCCGACUACCACAACCCCUCCAAAUAAACCUAAACGACCACACAACACCCUAUCUCCCCCACGUCCUCCUCCUCCACAUGCAAUUUUUCCAAAAUCUAAUCCAUUCCCACCGACCUUGGAUGUCAAAAGAUUACCUCCAGCCCCAACCACCCGUAGGACCAGGCCAUACGCACGCACGAGAGAUGUGCAUCCAAUCCGCAAUCUCCAUCGCCAAGAUCCUAGUCCUCUACGAAAAGCGAUACACUCUCCGCCGGAUAAACGUCAAAGCAGUCUCGAUCACAUCCUCUGCCAUUCUGCUUCUUCUCUUUGCUGCCGUGGCACACUACCCACUCGCAAAGAAUGAAGAUAUAACUGCCCACCUCAGCACAUGCUUUAGAGCUCUUGAUGAGUUCUCUUUGUCUUGGCAGAGUGCUAAUAAAGUUAAAGAUCUGUUGGUCAGGUUGCAGUAUAAAUGGGAGUUGAGGACUCGAGCUAGUAAGCAGGGUCGGGCUUCGGAUGGGGAUAUUGAUCCCCCGAGGAAGAGGUCGCGGACGGUGAAUGGAUCUGGAACUGGGACUGGGGCUUCAAGAGCUGAUGAGGAUACCAAAGAACGCCCGUACCAAUGCAAUGUCUGCUUGAAGCGGUUCUCUCGGAGUGAUGUCUUAAGCCGACAUGCCAAGGGCCAUGAGACUCAGCUCACUGCGACGGGUGGCCCAUCAGAUGCGUCAAAUCGACGGUAUUCUGCCAUAGCCGCGUCACCGAUGAAUGCAGCUCCAGAAAUCCCAGCCGUCGCCGAAGCGUAUCAGCUUCCAAGUCUUUCUUCUACGCCGCGAGAUAUACCACUCGUGCCGCAUCAUGCCCGCUCCGGAUCAGAGCUCGGGGCAAUGAUGAUUGACGAACAGCAACCUUAUUUCGGGUGGAAUGAGGUCACUCCACACCAAGCACCUCACAGAUCCAACAUGGCAUUCGAUCCUGUGCCCAAGGAUAUGCUGCAAAUGUGGUUGGAACCUCACCUGGUCAUGUCCCCAGGCCAGCAGACUCAGCACUCAGCCGAUAGUGUCAAAUCGAGCAGCGACAAUAUCCCCACUGAACGAUUCUACAAGGUCCAGCGGUGCUGGCCCGCACCAAUCAACAGUGGACGACUCAUCAAUAACUUAUGGCGAGAUAUUGCGUUUUCGGUGGAGGACAAUGUCUUCUCCGUUCAGUCAUUACAUCUCCCCAGUGAGGUGACAUUCACUGAAGGAUCACGGUGUGGACUGGACGAGGACUGCAGACGACGACUACAGGCGGCGUUUGGCAAUAGGCCGUCAAUGCAUCCGCACAUGCAGUCUCCAAAUAAUGGAGGCAUUUCCCCAGUCACUCCUGUCUCGGCUAUGAGCCAUUUGCCCGAUUUCCCGCCUGCUGAGAUCUUGGAUAUGGCACUCGACCUUUAUUUCCGUAUCUCUCUUGUUCCUUUCGUUCAUUUGCCGACAUUUUCAGCGAGGAAGACGCGACCCUCCCUCUUGUAUGCCAUGAUUUUAAUCGGCAUGACGUUGCUUGACACCAAAGGGACAACCGAUUUUGUCUCUCGAAAUUUCACUAGUGUCUUAGAGCAGGUAACAGGGGAGUUUUCUAGAUGCACCGUAGGAGUUGAGAAUGCCUCGGACACUAUGACAUUGUUCGCGACAGCCUUGCUAUUCCUGCAUCUUCCUCUUUUGACAGGGGAAAAAGAGCAUCUAGAGCAAUGUCAGACAUUAUACGUGAACGUCAUGACCGUUUCCCAAAGACAUGGCCUCUUUACCGGGGGACAGAUCCUCGACAUGAGCCUAUUCGAGAGAUUUGCCGAUCUCGAUAUGAGAUGGAAAGCGUGGAGCAAGGUUGAGUCAACCAAAAGGAUCAUCAUUGGACUUCUCCUCUUGGACUCUUGCUACUCAUCCUUCCUCUCAACAAGCCCAAUAACAAACCCCGACACAAUCCAACUCAUUCUCCCAUGCGGCGACGACCUCUUCAACUCUCACUCCUCCCACCGCUGGAUGCAACUCAUCCGCUCCGGGAAACGUAUUCUUUCCUCAACAAUCAACGCACCAUCUGAAAACACCAACAUCCCCAACCUCGAAAACCCAACCGAAGACUUUUGCAUCCAAGCCAUCCUCGCAACCGUCCAAAUCCGCCAAUCAGAAGCCUACCACCGCCUCCUGUCUAACAGAGCCAGCUACCCCUUCGCACCAUGCCACACAUACGCCAUGGAUGGCAGAGCAAGGUGUCUCCCCUCACUCCAAUUCCAACUCAUCACGAACUACGGGGAAACCUUCGACCGCCUGAGUCCUAAUGCUCUCAUCAUGUGGCAUCAUAUGUGCAUGAUGUUAACAGCCGAUAUCCAAAUAUUCGACCUAGCCGCGGGCCGUGCAGGCCCACUUCCAGCGCGCAAAGCCCUCGAUCAAAUCGCCGAGUGGGCACAGACCCCAGCAGCGCGACGGGCUUGUCUGCAUGCUGCGCAUAUCUACAAAGCGAUGACGAACCGCAAAGCCUCCGACCAUCCUACCUUCCACUCCCUCUUCUCCUGUUUCUCUGCUGCAUUAGUACUGGGCCUGUACACUUUCAUGGUUCCCGACUCCGCGAGCUCGACAAGUAUUGGGUCUCUGGAAUUGAUGGAUGAUGUUGACUGGUGCUCGGUGGGCACCGAAGGCUUCACGAGUUUCAUGGAGCCUAGAGGCAAUCAGGGCUUCGCUUCUACCGAUGAUCCUGCUGUGAACUUCAUUCGAAAUGGAUCGACUGUUUACCUGCGGGGCACGUCUUUCCAUGGCGGAUAUCAGUCUGCUCGGAGGGUUCUUCUUGAUUAUGCUUCGCUUCUUAAGGAUUCUGGGAAGUGGAGUGUGAAAAAGUUCUCGCAUAUUCUAUUUAUAAUGAGUGAUGUUCUUAUGGACCUGGAGUGA